UGUUGAUUCAGCUGAGGGUAAAAGGGGAUGAUAACCCAGCAGAUCAGGAGCUGCCCAUAGACAGCUGGCUUAUUACCCAAGGAAUGAUCCCCGUAUCGCAGUCCUCUGUCAUGGAUGACAUAGAGGAGUGGCUCUGUGCUGACGUGAAAGGGGAUGCUGCUGAGGAGGGGGUGACCAGUGAAGAGUUUGAUAAGUUCCUUGAGGAGCGGGCGAAGGCAGCCGACACCCUGCCAUCUCCCCCCGGAGCUAACCCCGCUCACCCAGCCCGAGCCCCUGGUGGCUCCCACAAGAAAGCCGAACGGACGGAAGAUGCCCUCUUUGCCUUGUAGACUGUUCUUGGAGAACCUUGAUGUCUCUCCAGGGCAUCUAGAGGUCUUCGCCCUAAAUGAUCCCCCCCCAAACAGUCCCUAGAGUCCCAUUUCAUCGCUGACUGGCAGUGCUGCAGCAAGUGAUUUCCACCUCCUUGUCAUUCUCAUGCCACAGUGUUGCUCUAAUAUACAGAGGUCCAACAUGUGUACCGCGCACUACUGUGUUGCGUUUAACUAUAUAUGGGUGUAUUAAUCUGUUAGUGUGGGGUGUAUUACUCACAGCCCUGCAUCUCAUUUGUAACACUCCACCAAAGGAAGACAACCAAGCGUGUCUGAUGUGGUAUAUUACUGCAAAACUGAUGGAAAAUUUCACUGCAUUGAGUCAGUAUGGAAGCACACAAUUUGGACCAUAUCGUGCUGUUUUACUACAUUCAGCUGUUUGCUAAUUUAUGCAUUUAUUGUUAUAAUGGUUUGUUCUGUACUAUGUACUAGCACUGUGGUUAUGGUCGGUCCAUGCAUUUUUUUCUACUCCAGUCAGAGUUCUAGUCAUGCUUGUAAAACUUAAACAUGUGGAAUGGCAACAUGUGUUAGUACCUAGUUUGCCUGAGGCGGUGUUAUGUUAACAGGCAAAUUUUGCUAACUGGGAAUAUAAUAGCUAAAGUAUAGCUAAUUGUGAUGAGUGUAUGCCAGCAUUCCUUUAACCAAAGGGAUUAAAAAACAAAACUAACUAAAAAGCACUAGUUAAGAUUCUCUGCUAUGUAUUUUGAAUGGCUAAGGGGAAGGAACAUGCCCAUCGAAUAUCUCCCAUUGAUCUUUUCAGUCCUCUGAAAAGCUACAACAAAUUAACUGAUAGAAAUAUGAUCUUGAACAACUGCAAAACACGUUUAACCAUUCCAAAGACUAUUAAGGCUUUAAGGACCUACUCGCACUUAACGUUACCUGUUGAACAAUAAUCACGUUUGUGUGUUAAAAAAUGUUAAGGGAUCGUGAACAUUUUCCUUCCCCUGCUAUGAUUGAUGUCUGCACUUUGAAGCAAAAACAAAUCUGUAUUUUGUCCUUUUGUGUUUACAAGAUGGUUACUAUUUUUCUAGGGGAUGGGAAAUGGUCUUUAGAUUGACUUCAUUUUGCACAUAACUUUUCUAACUGUAGUUGUGGCGCUUGUUCACACAGACGUGGAUGGAUGAACUGUCAAAUUUAUGACUGCAAACUUUGAAGCGUAUUAGAAAUUGCAGAGAUGCAAGACAAAAUAUGGCAUUUAAAUUAUCAGCAUUACUUAGCGCUGGCAUCAUAACUGACUAAAAGACAUAAAGUAUAGCUUAGAAUAAUGCGCUGUUAUAAAAGGAUGUAUUUAUAUAGGUAGGUCUUCAUUUACUCUAUACUAUGUAAUCUAUAUACCUCAAAAUACAGGAAUGUUAGUUUCUGUAUCUGUUUAAAAUGUAUUGGCUCAUAUUAAUAUCCAGAAGGCAGAGAGGUUUAUGUAUUAUUUGAUCCCCUGAUUGUAUUUUUAUAGAUCAUGUAAGAAGAAGAAAACACGUUUGUACCCUUGUACCACUUCAUCUUUUUUGUGGCUCAGACUGAAGCAUGCAGCAAACAAACACAAAUGUUAAUGUAUUUUCAUUCUGGUAUGAUUCAUCUGCUCUUGUUGGAGCUGCUGCCAAGGAUUUCUGUGAUUGACUGAUUGCAGCAGAGUAGCUCUGACUGGAGUUUGCCUUUGGUGUAUGUGAGAUCACACUGAAACAAAAAGUAGUCCUGUUUUCAUUCCAGCUCUUUUGCUGAUACUCUGGUUUGUCUUAACAUUGCUCUUAAAAGAUUUUUUAUUUUGCUUUCAAUCCAAUUAAGACCAAAAGCCUUGUCAAUCAGAGGCAGUCCGUUUGACACUCCUCCCCAGUUGUAAAAGCCUAAUCAAACUUACUUGUUUAAUAAUCUGUUGUCAGUAUAGACCUUCCACUGGAGGGAAGUUAUUUGUCUCUAUGUAAUCAUUAUGAUUAAAUAUCUAAAUGUAUAUUAGUUGAGAAAAAUUAAUGAUUAAUGCUUAAUUAGCUUUAACUUUCUUUAAUGCAGUAUGGUUACAUAUGGUUAAAUAGGUUCAUUAUGGUUGCCAGGUAACUGUAUUAGCAUAGCAUCAAAUUUACAAUCAACCAUUUGUGUAAUUUUUGAAAAACUUUAACCAUGCAGGCUGAACAAAGACGAUUACUAAAAAGGAGAUCCUUUAAAAGGGAACUUUUUCUGUGAUUGUGCGUUACUUAUCUCGCUAUCUGUAACAGAGUGUAUUGUGUUACUUGCUUUUAUGAAGCUUAAGUCCUGAUAGCAACAUGUAUUCCUCGAAAUUGUGGCUAUCUCAGAAUGGUUACUGAAUGUCUUUUAAUACUGACGAGGCAGAGUGUUAAGUUAAUACAUUGUGGACACGGGAAAGAGGCUUGUUUUCUGUUGGUGGGUGUCCCAUGUCUGUUUGGCUGUGCCGUCUGCUGCCAUUACUAAUGGUCAGAUUUUUUUGUUUGACCUAAUGCACGUAUGUAACUGCCCAAUAAAACACUAGCAAUGUGUGACCUCUA